AUGAUGGGUUUAAGAGAAGAAGUGUUAAUGGCGGACAAUCUACUGGCUUGGGUCACCACCACUAGUGGUGCUGGUGGUGGAUUGUUUUGUUCUCUAUCGCUUCUGAUGGUCGUCAGUGAUGGAACGAUGUUUAAGGAUGGGGAUUUCUUGACCAUAUCUGUUGACAACUCUAAAGCCACAUUCAUUAAAGUGGUCAUCGAUAUGUGUUUGUGUGUGUAUUUUGAUGAUGGGUUUGUUCUUCGGUUGCAACUUCCAAUGGGAGUCUUUGUGUAUUUUAGUGUAUGUUUCAAAAAAUCACAUCUCCAACUAGCAAUAAGAAAAAAAAAAAUGGAAGCAUUAAGGAAUCCCAAUGAAGCAAAAUCAAGCCCUCUUUCACCUCUUGGCUUCCUCGAAAGAGCAACCAACGUAUUUGUUGAUUCUCCUUCACUCGUCUACGACAAUCUCACCUACACACAGAUCGAUACCUUUCGUUGUUGUCUACAAUUAGCUUCAUUCAUCUCCGGUCUCGACAUUGAUAAAGGUGACGUUGUGUAUGUGAGCUUCAUUUCACUGCCACCAUGA